CGCUCUGACACAGAGGUGUAAGUUACUUUUGCCCACUUUAACUCACUUUCAAAGAGUGUUGAAGCUGCUGACGGCUCCAGAAUCGCUCCUGUCAACCGCUCCUGACUCGGUCUACAUGUCAGAGCCCUCAGUGCCAUUUCUGGAGACCAAACUGGUGUGUUUUUAGUUGACUUACGGUGCGACAGCAAGGUGUCCUGGGCAGCUGCGGGAGACCUUAAGAGAGCGACGGAUUUGCUCCAAGUAAAGGACAGCUCUCUGUUAGUUUCCUUUUGAAUUCCUGGAGUAUGUCUGUCACCAUGGACAGUAAUUAGACGUCUUCUUUUCACGAUAACUCCGAGAGGGAAAAAAAAAAAAAGAGAGAAAGUGUGUGUGAGAGAGGGAGAGAGAGUGAGAGAGCGAGCUUAUGCUACCCUUCACCUUUGGAUAUCUAUGGAGAGGGAGUCCUGCAUGCUGUCACGCCGCUCUUGGAGUUACUUGCCGCCGAGACAACACCGUGAAUGUUGACUUCAGCGACCUGGAUAGCUGAAGACGACACACUUAAGCUCAUUUGAAUGCCUUUGCAAGGGUUUCGCUGGUUUCUGUGCUGCAGGCAGGGCUUCAGUUUGCUCGGACGGGACUAUGGGGAGAAAGAGGAGGAAGAGUCUUUUGAAUUGCGCAACAAGGAGGACUUGACUUCCAAUGGACGGAGCCCAGCUGAGGUGACUGUUUCUCAACCAACUCGAACAGCCAAUGGAACAAACGGACACACUGUCUCAGAGGUUUCUGACGAGAUGAAGAGUCUGAUCAUUGAGAAGAAUAAAAUGGGCCUGGAGGAAGACCUUGAGCUGCUGGUCAAAGGAUGGCUGUUGAGGGAGGUGCGUGGCAGCUGGAUUAAGCAGCGGCGCUACUGGUUUGUGCUGAGCCAGGACUCCCUCGACUACUACAGCGGACCGGAGAAAGGAGCCCGCAGACUGGGUACCCUGGUCCUCACCAACCUCUGCUCUGUCAUCUGGCCAGACAAACAGACCUACAAAGAGACGGGCUACUGGAGCAUCACAGUGUAUGGGCGGAAGCACUGCUACAGGCUGUUCACCAAGCAUUUCAAUGAGGCUGUGCACUGGGCAUGUGCCAUCCAGAAAGUCAUUGAUACCAAAGCACCCGUCGAGACGCCUACACAGCUCCUCAUCCGAGACAUUGAGGAGAAUAAGUUCAACCCUGAGGCUGUGGAGCACAUCUACCAGCACAACCCCAUCUUGAAGUAUACCCAGGGCCCCCUAUAUGCCCCUCUGCUGCCCUUUCCCUACGGCAGCCUGGAGCACACAUACCACAGCGGGAAAGGCUACGGUUCAGUGCGUGAGGAGGCUGUGAAGCUCUUCAACUGCCUGCAGCAGCUGGAGUCGGCACGGGAGCCGGUGCCCAUCAUCCAGGGCGUGCUGCAGACCUGCCUGGACCUGCGGACCCUCCGUGACGAGGUCUACUGCCAGCUGGUGAAGCAGACCAGCUGCACCCCCGCCCCGCACACCGCUGCACACCUCCGCUACUGGCAGCUCCUCACCUGCAUGAGCUGCACCUUCCUGCCCAGCUCCACCAUACUCAAGUACCUGAAGUUCCAUCUCAAGAGGAUCCAGAGCCAGAGUCCCGAUUCUGAGAUGGAUAACUAUGCGUCAUUCAUUGGCGAGGCCCUGGAGAAGACCAAGUGUCGGGAAUGUGUGCCAUCCUGGGAGGAGAUCCAGAUGCUGAUGAACAGACAGGAGAUGCUAUGCACCGUGCACUACCCUGGCCCAGGUUCCUGCCAGCUCUACAUCAGCUCACACACUACUGCCAAUGAGGUGGUGCGGAGGAUGCAGGAGAAGCUGGGUCUGCAAGAGAGCAAAAACACCUUUGCACUGUAUGAGCAAAACACACUGUGGGAGCAGCCCGUGGCCAGUGGCACUCUCAUCGCAGACAUCUUGACCAGGUUUGAAAACCUCUCCUCCAAAGAGUCAGAGUCCAACUCCCAAUGGAAACUGUGUUUCAAGCUCUACUGCCUGUUGGAUGCUGACAGCAUAUCAGUGGACAGCAUUGAGUAUCUCUUCCUCUUUGAGCAGUGCCAUGAGAUGGUGGUGCGAGGCCAGCUGCCAGCGUGUGAAGAGGACCUCCAGGCCUUGGCUGCCCUGAGGCUUCAGUGUCUGAUUGGAGACUUCAGCACCCAUGCCCCCUGCCCUCCUCUGGACGACCUCUUCCCAAGUCACAUGGUGGAAGCCCGGGUCCUCGUUUCCCUUUCGGCCCCCCCAGCCUUGCCCCCCUGCCAGUUGGCGGCUCAGGGCUGCCCCACGUCGCAGCGCUUCCCCACAGGCCUCCUGGCAGGGGCACUGUGGAGCCACACAGCCACAGCAGCCCACAAACAGAAGGUGGAGCAGGACAUGCGUCUGCGCAGUCGGCUGAAGGAGGAGGCGGCGGCUGUUAUGGGCUCCAUCGUGGAGCGCUGGAAAGGUCUGGCCGGCUACAGCCGCAGGGACAGUAUGGCAGCCUACCUCGCCAUCGCACGCCAGUGGUCAGGGUUUGGAUGCACUCUGUAUGAGGUGGACUUCUAUAUUAGUUCAACAGGGAGUUUCUCCCAGAAGCUGUGGCUGGGCGUAGCUGCUACAUCUGUGUCUCUGUAUCGGCAGGGAGAGGCUGAAGCACUAGAGUCUUUCCCUUAUGGCCAGAUCUGCUCCUACGGUGUCUCUGACAGCAACACCUUCAAGAUCACGGCUGGGGAUCGGGAUUUACUGUUUGAAACCACCAAGCUGACUGAGAUCAUGCAGCUGAUGAAUGCCUAUUUCAGUGCCAUCCAUCGCAAGCGAGGGAAAGGAGAGGACACCGGCAUCACUGUUGCAGACAGCACCGAGGUGGCCUUCCAUCACCUGGCUUCGACACCGACCCCCACCCUCCUGGAGCUGCCCUCGCACCCAGUGUGAGAAGGACCCGCUCCCUCCUCCACCACAAUCCGCCAUCCACCAUCCUCCUCCACGCGGCCCCUCGGAGGCUGGCCCCAGCCCUCAGGACCCUGCGCCUCCUCCGCUGGGAACAGCACAGCAGCCAAAACAAAGAGAGGGCUGUUUUCACUCCCCAUCCGUGAAAAUAAACCCUUACUGAGCUUUCCAGCUGAAGGAGCUGGGCGAUGGAAGGGUGGGGGUGGUGAGGGGACGGGACGGGAAGGGGUUCUGUUUUGCGAGUGAGGCCAGAAACCCACAGAAACCAAUGCGGUUGCUGAUGAGGUGUCACACACCCCCCACCCCCAUCCUGUCACGCAACCACCUCUGUUGCCAUACAUGGUAACAACCCCCCCCCACGCCUCACCCCACCCCCACGACAAUGUGAGAUGUUGGCAUGGGUCUCGCUACAUCAGGGAGAGAUAAUGUCACGAAAGUUAGGACUUAUGGUAAAAAGAAGCUGUGGUACUCGCCCAUGAAGGUAUGGCUCUGUGUGAAAACAUGAAAACCCAACUCUCCCUCUCUCUCUCUCUCUCUCCGUUUCCCGAAGUGUGCCAUAUUUGUAUCGCCUUUCCUAGAAGGCAAUCGUCCCUCAUGCACUGCUGGAAUAGUGGUGAGAACAUUUAGUGCCCCCCUGCCCGUACUCUACUUUGGAUCUCUCUCUCUCACACACACAGGCACACACUCAGUCACUCACCCACCCUUAUGCUGACACGUUCAUCAGAAACGGUCAGUUUUCCUAAGACCCCAGCCAGGCUUGCAUUACCUGGAACUGUUGAUGCAGCGAGCCAUGUGAACUUGGAACUGGAAACAGAUGUUGAGCUCUGUAGCUAAGUCACUUUGGCUGCUAAGGCCAUAUAGACUCUUCCCUCUGGGAUUAUUAGUUGUGUGUGUGUGUGUGUGUGUGUGUGUGUGUGUGUGUGUGUGUGUGUGUGUGUGUGUGUGUGUGUGUGUGUGUGUGUGUGCGUGCGCGCGCGGGUGUGAUCAUGGAUGAGAAACCAAUUCCUGGAUGGGACAUUCAGGAUCUGGGCUAAUUCUGUUCAACAGAAACCAAAGGAUUUUGGGGCUGUGUCUGCGUUGUUUCCACCAAACAUUGUGAUCAUUGUUGCUGCUUGUAUGGGCUGUAAUCCUCAACAUAAAACUUGUCACUACUUUGGCUAACACUUGAUUGAUCACUGAUCUUGUCAGUUACUAUCAUAACAUAAUAUUUUUCUACUGAAAAUGACAGGUGCUUCCCCAGCCACUUUUUCCCACAUCUUAACAUAUUUUGGAAGAAGUGGAACUGGGCUGUUUUGUUUUUUUUUUGGCAGCAUUGGAGUUCACAUGAAACCCCCAGUCAGUGAUGUGGACAUUUGAAAGUUGAAUUGAAAAAGACAUGUACCAUGUAGGUCCCCGUUUCUCUCCUUGUCUUUAAACAGAAGUUCUUCUAAUCAGGCCAUGGAUGCUCUUGUAGUGUUAUUUAUGCAUACUCUGUGGCAUUUUUUUCUUACUUUUUUAUGUCUUAAAUGCAGACCUAGGUGCAUUUUGAUGUCAGGUUUGCUUUUACCGAUCAGAGCUAUAGAUGUUUUUGUUUUGUUCCCUCAUGCAGGUCAGAUGUGUAAAACCCUGUGUACCUCCACCUGUGCAAAAAGUAGUCAUAGUGCCUCUGUGUUCAUUACCUGGGUGUUUGUCUUUUAGUUUACUCGUGAAGCCAAAGUUUUGCCAAGUCAUGGGUUUGAGCAUGGACCAAAGAUGUUUUUAUAAGCUUUUAUAACAAGAAAUUAUCCCCAAAGCAGACAAACUCCCCAAUUUAUAUUUGCAAGCUUUCAUUUAUUGUCAUUUUCCCUUAGACUUGUUUGACAAAUGUAAAGGCAUCUUCUGUUGCGUAGAGUGUACAUCUUAUUUUAUUGUACAUAAAGACCAUUUUAGAAUCUGAGACCAGUUAGCUUUUCUCAGGAUCCUUUCACUGUGUAGUCCGCUACACAACCCCAUGUGGUAACCAGCCCCCCCCCCCUGAAAAAAAUACGACUUAAGUCUUCUCACCAUGGAAGGCCAGGACAAGUCUUUGCACAGUCAGGCCUGUCUCCUGCCCACACGCAGGCCCUUGCAUUUUCUACUGCAGCUGCAGGCAGCUCUGAGCUACAUGUAUGUAAAGGUUAAAAAAAA